AUCAUCAGAUUCAAAACAAAACAAAUUUAAAAAAGUACAAAACAUCUGCUCCAAAAUUUCAUUGUUAUGGCGAAAGAGAUCGAUCUUCUUAAAGAAAGAGUGAAGGAGUUAGAGGAAUUACUCUGUCAGAAAAAUGAAAAUCAUGUGUCAGUUCGACAUAAAAUUGGGAAAAUGAGUUCAGAAGUUGUUGAUUCAAAUCCUUACAGCCGUUUAAUGGCCCUCAAAAGAAUGGGAAUUGUCGAAAAUUAUGAGGAAAUUCGUAAUUUCACUGUCAUAGUUGUGGGAAUUGGUGGAGUGGGUAGUGUUGUUGCAGAAAUGUUAACCCGAUGUGGUAUUGGAAAGCUCCUCCUUUUUGACUAUGAUAAAGUUGAACUGGCAAAUAUGAAUAGAUUAUUUUUUCGUCCUGAGCAAUCUGGCUUAAGCAAAGUGGAAGCUGCUGAAAGAACAUUAAGGAGCAUAAAUCCAGAUGUAGAAUUUGAAACAUAUAAUUAUAAUAUAACUUUAAUGGAUAACUUUCAGCAUUUCAUGGAAAGAAUAAGCCAUGGUGGUAAAGAUGAAAAAUCCGUAAAUUUAGUCUUGAGUUGUGUUGAUAACUUUGAAGCAAGAAUGGCUGUAAACACUGCUUGUAAUGAAUUGUCCCAACCUUGGAUGGAGUCUGGUGUCAGUGAAAAUGCAGUAUCAGGUCAUAUUCAAGUCAUUAUUCCUGGGGAAACAGCCUGUUUUGCAUGUGCACCGCCCUUGGUCGUUGCUGAAAACAUUGAUGAAAAGACAUUGAAACGGGAAGGAGUUUGCGCUGCAUCGUUACCAACUACAAUGGGAAUUGUUGCAGGGUUCCUUGUUCAAAAUGUUCUCAAAUAUCUAUUGAAGUUUGGUUCAGUUUCAUAUUACUUGGGAUAUAAUGCCCUUCAAGAUUUCUUUCCCACGAUGACAAUGAAACCAAAUCCAGUUUGCGAUGAUAAGAACUGUGUGAGACAACAGAAAGAUUAUAAGGAAAGAAUGGAAGAAGAAUGUAAGAAACAGAAGCAUGUUCCCGUCGAGGAGGUUGAAGAAAAGAAAGUUCUUCAUGAGAGUAAUGAGUGGGGUAUUGUCCUGGUCGAUGAGUCAAAACAAGAGGAGGAGAUGAACGAAAUGAAAUUAGCUGAAGGCGUAAGGUUAUUGUACAACAACCCUACCAAACAUGAGCGAAAGAUAUCGGAGUUCGAGAUAAGCAGUGAAGGGCAGACUUGUCACGAUGACGGCUUGUCUGUGGAAGAGUUAAUGAAGCAGUUGAAGGAAAUGUGAAGGAAAUAAUUUAAAUUUUUUUGUGCGAAAAGAAGCAGGCGAUGUCGUAUGAAGUAUCUACAUUUUAGACAUUUCACAUUGGAAUAUUUGUGGAAAGACGAUUCGUGUGUUUGACAAAAGCUAGAAGGUUCAUGCUUAGAUUUUGUUAGCUACUAUUCCAUGUUACGCGCAACUUCGAUCCAUUUUGGCUAAUUUAUACAUACGUAACAUGCUGUAACAGCUCGCAUACAUCAAAACGUUACCGUAACAUGGAAUGGCUGACAUCAUUUUGCAUUUACGACGAUGAAAGACAAUUCAAAUGAAAUGGAUCGUGGAUAUCUGCUUUACCACACUUUUGAGAUUGCGCGCGUAUCUGUACAUUUUUAUAAAAUGUUUAUUUAAAGGUUGAAUUUCAGAUGAUAAAUUACCAGAUUAGAUUAUAAAUCAACAUUCCUUUAUGAAAUUUAUGUGCUCAUAAAUCCACGUUGAAAAUAUGAUUCAAAAUUAAAAUAAGACGCAAAUGGUUAAUAUAAAUUCAAAAUAAAAA